GCCGGAGACCAGCCCAGGGUUUGCCGCCCGCGCCGCCUGCUAAACCCUGCCUCCAUUCCGCCUACCUCGGCCGUCGCCUUCCAGAACCACCGGCGGCCAGGCGACACGGCCGACUGAGCCAUGUGGGCUCUCAGAAGCCUCCGCCGGAACCUUCCGAAGGCAGCCUCUUCGUCGCUCCACCGGAGGUGCGCCCCGUCGAUUAGCUCCGAGGGCUUCGCGGCGAGGGGAGGAGGGGGAGAGGCGGCUGCGGCCUCAAUAUCAGGCGCGUUAGUGCCUGUGCCCGCGGGCGGGGGCGGCGGAGGGGUAUGCCGUCGGCUGAUGUCGACGAGCAAGGGGAGGAGCAUGCGGAGCAAGGUGGAGAAGCGGAUGGGGAGGGAGACUGGCCGCACGCAGACGGAGCUGCGCCGCGCCGUCAAGCUCCGAAAGAAGCUCAUGACCGAAGACGAGAGGCUCAUCCACAGCAUGCGGAGGGCCAAGAAAAAAGUUGCUCUACUUCUACAAAAACUCAAGAAGUAUGAGCUACCAGACCUACCAGCUCCUCGUCAUGAUCCAGAGCUGUUAACAGCUGAGCAGCUACAGGCUUACAAGAAGAUUGGAUUCCGAAACAGAAACUAUGUCCCUGUUGGAGUUCGUGGAGUCUUUGGAGGUGUUGUUCAAAACAUGCACAUGCACUGGAAAUUCCAUGAGACAGUACAAGUUUGCUGUGACAAUUUCCCGAAGGAAAAAAUUAAGGAAAUGGCAUCAAUGCUGACAAGAUUGAGUGGUGGUAUAGUGGUUAACAUUCACAAUACCAAAACAAUUAUCAUGUUUCGUGGCAGGAAUUACCGUCAACCAAAGAACCUCAUACCUUUUAACACACUUACCAAACGGAAGGCUUUAUUCAAGGCUAGAUAUGAGCAGGCUCUUGAGUCGCAGAAACUAAAUAUCAAGAAAAUAGAGACACAACUUCGUCGCAAAGGUAUUAACCCAGAGGACCCAGUUGCCAUGGCCAGCAUCCAGCGAGUUGCCUCGACAUUCUUCCGAGCCAUAGACGAGCAGCAAGGCACUCCCUAUGUCUUCCAUGGGGAUAAUCAACCUGCUACCGGGACUACAGAAUUAAAAGAACCACAUGAGGAGCCAGCCGAGGAUAGCGACCAGGAGGAGCUUGACAACUUCAUUGCAGAAAUAGAGGAUGCAGCAGAGAAGCAAUGGGAGGAAGAGGAGGCAGCAGAGAAAGAAGAAACUUCAAGGCUGCAGUAUCGCUACAGAGAAGAGAUGAUGGGUGAGCGGAGGGGUUUCAAUAGAAGCUAUGACAACUCAGAUGCCGAUGAUAGAACCCAGGGAAGAUACAGGAGAGAUAACGACAACAAUAAAUGGACAAAGGAUACAAGGAGAUGGGAUGAUGACAGUGAGGUAGAGGCGUCAGGUGAGGAUGUGGAUGAGCGCAGGGGUUUCGGUAGAGGCCAUAAUAACUCAGAUGCUGAGGAUAUAAGCCCUGGAAGAUCCAGGAGAGAGAACAAAAACAACAGGAAAACAACAGGUUCGAGGAGGCUGGAUGAUGAUACUGAGGCAUCGGGCGAGGACUGGGACUCUGAUGAUGGCAGGGAUAGUAUAGCUGGCUUCAACAAGGAGAGGCAUGUACCUGAUGAACAUCCUAGGCAAUUUGAAAGCACGAGACAUGAGAGGAGUAGUUCCAGUCACAGGCAGAAUUAUAUGCCUGGGGCCUCCAGAAGUCCCAGCCGGACCCCAAAGAAAAAUGCAGUUAGCGUUUCUGAUGUCAGUGAGGAUGACGUUUCAGACAGUGAAGAUGAUGAGGUGUGGGGAUCAGAUUACAAGGAAGAGACGAACUCAGUGUGGGGAGCAGAUUACAAGGAAGAGACGAGCCCGAGUGCCCCGAAGGUGAAUUUCCCCAAUUACAAGAGCAGCAGCGAGGAGGAGGAUGCCGGCGACAACUGGAUGCACGGCGGCAGAACCGGCCAGACAAAGAAGAAUACCGAUGAGGACUGGGACAGUGACUGACAAAGUAAAAAAAGAAGAGUCAAGCCUGCAUCCUCCACGGUUACUGUUGCCGCAUUUCCUCCAACGUGUUGCUGCAGGAAAAGAGUCUGUUGAGCUUAUUUUUUGUGGGAGCAUCCGUCUCAAUGCCGCAGACGGUGCCGCUUGAUUCGACCUGACAUCAUGCCAGGUUGGGUGCUCAUGAAUAAUUGUUUGAAUUGUGUCUCCAAAUAUGUAGUUGGCGCAUCCCCGAAGGCCGAAGCAGUCUCUGCCAGUUACCAGCAGCCGGUCACACAUGCCAUGAUAGCAGGAGGUUAAAGUGUUGAAUCUAUUGUCCUUGGCCUAAAGUUUCUUUCGGCAGUUUGAUAGGUUGAAGGGGUCUCACUACACAUCUGAAUCUCUUUGUUAUGAGAUCAUUCAUAAGAACGGAUUUGCCAGGCUUGCACAUACGAAUAUUUGACGGCCCUGCUUGCUGUGUCCCCUUGCCUCCAGACAUAGAUAGGUUUACUAACUCAAUUCAUUCAUUGGGAUGCUCACCAUAAAGCAAUGACCAUUUUGUUUUCUCCGUGUUUA